AUGGCGGUGGGAACCACACCCCCACCCACGGCCCCGCCCACGGCCCACUCACAGCCACACUCCACCCACGGCCCCGCCCACAUCCCCGUCUACCACGGCCCACUCACAGCCACACCCCCACCUACGGCCCCGCCCACGGCCCACUCACAGCCACACCCCCACCCACGGCCCCGCCCACAUCCCCGUCCACGGCCCACUCACAGCCACACCCCCACCCACGGCCCCGCCCACGGCCCACUCACAGCCACACCCCCACCCACGGCCCCGCCCACGGCCCACUCACAGCCACACUCCACCCACGGCCCCGCCCACAUCCCCGUCUACCACGGCCCACUCACAGCCACACCCCCACCUACGGCCCCGCCCACGGCCCACUCACAGCCACACCCCCACCCACGGCCCCGCCCACAUCCCCGUCCACGGCCCACUCACAGCCACACCCCCGCCCACGGCCCCGCCCACGGCCCACUCACAGCCACACCCCACCUACGGCCCCGCCCACUCACAGCCACACCCCCACCCACGGCCCCGCCCACGGCCCACUCACAGCCACACUCCACCCACGGCCCCGCCCACAUCCCCGUCUACCACGGCCCACUCACAGCCACACCCCACCUACGGCCCCGCCCACGGCCCACUCACAGCCACACCCCCACCCACGGCCCCGCCCACAUCCCCGUCCACGGCCCACUCACAGCCACACCCCCACCCACGGCCCCGCCCACGGCCCACUCACAGCCACACCCCCACCCACGGCCCACUCACAGCCACACCCCCACCCACGGCCCACUCACAGCCACACCCCCACCCACGGCCCCGCCCACGGCCCCGCCCGCCUCUUCCCCGCCCGAGGCCGCCUGGCACCCACGUCUACGUGCAGGGUCCUUCUUGGGCCACACAGUGACCCCCGAGGAGCGGAGGGAAAAGCGCGGCCGGGUGCCCAGAUGCGCGCACGAGCCGAGCACGUUUCCCCGCGUCCCUCAGCGUUGGGCCGCGGACGGCGUCGCAGCCAAUGGGAGGCCCAGGGGCGGGGCCAGCGGCGCGGGGCGUCCGAGCGCCGGCGAGGAGGUAAACAGGCCGCGAGCUCGUGCGGCCCGGGCUGAGGUGAGCGCGCGGCUGGCGGCGCGCGCGGAGGCGACCCGGACUCCCCGCUUCUGCGGCGGGGUAAGGCUGCCCGCGGGGCCGCGGGGUCUUGCGGGGUGCCCGGCGUCCCCGCGGGCGUCCCUCCCCUCCAGGCGUGCUGCGGCUCCGGGCCGCGCCGGUGGCGGGGACCCGCCGCUGCUUCGUUCCUCUUCCUUGGCCCCGCGCGGCCCGUCCCUCGUGGGCGCCCGGGCCCGGCCGUCCCUGCGCCCCCGCAGGGCCGCGGCCGGGGCUCCGGGGGCCGCCCCGGGCGGAGAGCGCUGCCCCGAGGCGAGGCCGCCGGGCACGGCCCCCGAGGCGAGGCCGCCCAGGCGGAAAGCGCUGCCCCGAGGCGAGGCCGCCGGGCACGGCCCCCGAGGCGAGGCCGCCCAGGCGGAAAGCGCUGCCCCGAGGCGAGGCCGCCGGGCACGGCCCCCGAGGCGAGGCCGCCCGGCGAGGACAGCGCUGCCCCGAGGCGAGGCCGCCGGGCACGGCCCCCGAGGCGAGGCCGCCCCGGCGGAGAGCGCUGCCCCGAGGCGAGGCCGCCGGGCACGGCCCCGAGGCGAGGCCGCCCAGGUGGAGAGCGCUGCCCCGAGGCGAGGCCGCCGGGCACGGCCCCCGAGGCGAGGCCGCCGGGCACGGCCCCCGAGGCGAGGCCGCCCGGGGAGGACAGCGCUGCCCCGAGGCGAGGCCGCCGGGCACGGCCCCCGAGGCGAGGCCGCCCGGGCGGAGAGCGCUGCCCCGAGGCGAGGCCGCCCGGGCGGAGAGCGCUGCCCCGAGGCGAGGCCGCCCGGGCGGAGAGCGCUGCCCCGAGGCGAGGCCGCCCGGGGAGGACAGCGCUGCCCCGAGGCGAGGCCGCCGGCACGGCCCCCGAGGCGAGGCCGCCGGGCACGGCCCGGGGAGGCUCGCGGAGCUGCCGGCGCCGCGGGCGCGGGAAGCUCAGGAGGGCCGUGCAGACGCACGCCCGCCCGCCCGCCGCGGCCACCGGCGCGGCUCCCGGGACGCAGCCCGCCGGGCAGCCGGGCGCCCGCGAGCCCGCGCCUGGCCUGGAAGACGCAGGCCCGUGGGUGCGGGGCAGCGACCCAGCCCGGCACCCGCAGCCCCGCGCCGCAGCACCGACACGCGUGA